GCUGAGCAGUGGCCCAAGUUGCCCAACCGGCUGAUGGCUGCCAUUGCUGUUGUCACUGACUGCUGGCCCAAGUUCCCAAAAGCAAGGCCCCAAUUCUCAGCCCCAUUAAAGAACAAUCCCAUCCCCUGAGCUAGACACCCAUUCCCAUCCAGCUGGCCUUUAUUCUGUCUACUCACCACAACUUGCUGUCCCUCCCCUCUCUGUCUCUCUCUGUCCAUCUCUUUCCAGCCUUUGAUACCCAUCUCGAACCCUGCCACCCUGCCCGAGCAGCAUCGUGCAGAGCUCCCGGCCAGCUUGUCAACCACCAGCUCUCGUAUACUACACGGCAAAGACUGCCCUUGUUAUUUGAUCAACCAGACAAGAUGUGUGGCAUCUUCGGCUACGUCAACUAUCUGGUGGAGAAGGACAGGAAGUUCAUCAUUGACACACUCAUCAAUGGUCUGUCUCGUCUCGAGUACCGAGGAUACGACUCCGCUGGCAUGGCCGUCGAUGGCGACAAGAAGAACGAGGUCUACGCUUUCAAGGAGGUUGGCAAGGUUGCCAAGCUGAAGGAGCUCGUUGAGCAGGAGAAGCCAGACCUCACCAAGAUCUUCGACUCACACGCUGGCAUUGCCCACACCAGAUGGGCCACCCAUGGCCCUCCAUCUCGCCUGAACUGCCACCCCCACAGGUCUGACCCAACCUGGGAGUUCUCUGUCGUCCACAAUGGCAUCAUUACGAACUACAAGGAGCUUAAGACUCUCCUCCAGGCCAAGGGCCACAAGUUCGAGACCGAGACCGACACCGAGUGCAUUGCCAAACUCGCAAAGUACAUCUACGAGAAGCACCCUAACCUGGGCUUCGUCGACCUGGCCAAGGCCGUCAUCUCGGAGCUCGAGGGUGCCUAUGGUCUGCUCAUCAAGUCCAUCCACUACCCCCACGAGGUCGUGGCCGCCCGCAAGGGUUCGCCUCUCGUGAUUGGCGUCAAGACCCAGCGCCGCAUGAAGGUCGAUUUCGUUGACGUCGAGUACGCCGACGAGAACGCCGCCCUCCCGGCCGAGACUGCCUCUCAGAAUGCCGCCAUGAAGAAGGCCACCAAGUCCACCGACGGCCUCCUAGCUCCCACCCUUCUCGGCGCCCCCGACAAGUCCCUCCUCCACCGUUCCCAGUCCCGGGCCUUCAUGACCGACGACGGCAUGCCCAUGCCUGCCGAGUUCUUCCUGUCCUCUGACCCAUCGGCCAUUGUCGAGCACACCAAGAAGGUUAUGUACCUGGAGGACGACGACAUUGCUCACAUCCACGAGGGCUCCCUCAACAUCCACCGCCUGAAGAAGGCCGAUGGGAGCAGCAACGUGCGCACCAUCCAGACCCUGGAGCUCGAAUUGCAGGAGAUUAUGAAGGGCAAGUUCGACCACUUCAUGCAGAAGGAGAUCUUCGAGCAGCCCGAGUCCGUCGUCAACACCAUGCGUGGCCGUCUGGACAUUGAGAACAAGAAUGUUACGCUUGGUGGUCUGCGCUCAUACAUAAGCACUAUCCGCCGCUGCCGACGUAUCAUCUUCAUCGCCUGCGGAACCUCGUACCACAGCUGCAUGGCGGUCCGCGGCGUCUUUGAGGAGCUGGCAGAGAUCCCUAUCUCCGUCGAGCUCGCGUCCGACUUCCUGGACAGGGAGGCGCCCGUCUUCCGUGACGACACAUGCGUCUUCGUCUCCCAGUCUGGUGAGACGGCCGACUCUCUGAUGGCCCUGCGGUAUUGUCUGGAGCGCGGCGCUCUGACCGUCGGUAUCGUCAACGUGGUCGGUAGCUCUAUCAGCCUGCUGACCCACUGCGGUGUGCACGUCAACGCCGGCCCGGAGAUCGGAGUCGCCUCUACCAAGGCAUACACCUCUCAGUUCAUCGCCAUGGUCAUGUUCGCUCUGUCGCUCAGCGAGGACCGCGCUAGCAAGGCACAGCGGCGACUAGAGAUCAUGGAGGGACUCAGCAAGAUCUCGGAGCAAAUCAGCGAGGUGCUCAAGCAGGAUGCUGCGAUCAAGGAGCUCUGCGGCAAGGUGUUCAAGGACCAGAAGUCCUUGCUCCUACUCGGGCGUGGCUCCCAGUUCAGCACAGCUCUCGAGGGCGCCCUCAAGAUCAAGGAGAUUAGUUAUCUCCACUGUGAGGCCGUCAUGUCGGGUGAGCUGAAGCACGGAGUGCUUGCUCUGGUGGAUGAGAACCUGCCCAUCAUAAUGAUUCUCACGCGCGACAACAUCUUCAAGAAGAGCUUGAACGCCUACCAACAGGUUGUCUCACGAGGUGGCAAGCCCAUUGUCAUCUGCAACUCCGGCGACAGCGAGUUCAGCAGCAGCCAAGCCCAGACGAUUGAGAUCCCCAAGACUGUGGAUGUCCUGCAGGGUCUCUUGAACGUCAUCCCCCUGCAGCUGAUUGCCUACUGGCUGGCUGUGAUGGAAGGUCUCAACGUCGACUUCCCCCGUAACCUGGCAAAGUCCGUGACUGUCGAGUAAGCGAGUGUCUGUUUGUUGUUCAUACGUACCAAAGAAGCCACCUCAGCCCUGGGCUCUUUUGCAUGCGUUAGAUGUUCUUACAGGACGAGAUUUUGCAUACUCGAUCGGUCUUGAAGAUGGGCGGGCAUGUGUUUCGGAGUUGGUGCUUGGUUUGUUCACUGGUGGAGGGUUUUGAAAGGAAGGGAAAGGAAAGGAACAGGAACAGGAACACUCAGCCAUGUAAGGCCAAGUACCGUGUGGAGGCAGGCAAGAGCAAAUGUGGAAGGCCAACAGGCACGCCAAGAAUGACCGUCUACCAUGCCUGCAAUGGCGUGCGUUUCGGCUGAAAGGCCAUUUUUUCAGAGUAAUGACGGUCGAGCGGAAUACACGAUACUUACUAUACUGCACGAGACAGACCUGACUUCUGGGUGUCGACAAAUUGAGAAGGUUCCAGUUAGA